AUGCCCCCACACAAUAGUAGCCGAAGAGAUAGUAUUACAUCGAAUCGGGGCUCGCCAAUGAGGCCAACCGUCUCCCUCUCCCCUCGACUCUCAAUACCAUCAGCACAUACUAUUCAAAUUCCCUAUGAUCCCAAUGAAACUUAUAAUGUUGUACAUAUACCGACUCAAAUAGCCCUCUCUCCUCGUUCUGAUCAUUCUUUAAGAAAUUCGUUACACGCCUCUACACUUCGUGCCUCAAUGAAUAAUAAUAAUAAUAAUACACUUCGAUCAUCAAUGAAUGGAACCAAUACGCUGAGAACAUCAAUGCAAGGAGGAAAUACAAUGCUCUCUCGAUCGAUGGAUCUACAACAACAACAACCAAUUAGCUAUGUUAGUAGCAAUAAUAAUGUUAUUCUAACUUCCAGAAUGGACACAAAUACAUUCAGAAGAAAUUCUGGAACCUCCGAAGAUGAAGUUAUCUAUGUAGAUAAACCUCUCGUAAUGACAACAACAACAACCACCAACACUCCGUCCUUAAUUCUCUCACCAAAUUCUGUUAGUGUUGGAAAUGUAAGCGAUUUUUCUGGAGAAAGACAA